AUGCUGGACCAGUUAUCGCCUAUUGCUCCUGCGAGAGUACGAGUGGUACUUCUGCCAAUCGGACAGAUUAAGAGGGCAAGAUUCUUGAGCUUUGUGGAAAGGUUACAACCAGAAAAUGUUGUUCAACUGGGGGAUAUCAGUCCGGAUGGAAGACCCAACAGGAAUAUGUUCUCGCCCCUCGCGUUUCCCACGGGUAGCAUAGUGUACGAUCUCACCACGUUCUAUCCUCCCCCGUCCCAUACGGCGCUGUCCCCGUUCGAGCUUUACCGUGAACCCUUAGUUUUCCUUGCGAUCGCAGAUGGUGCUGAGUUGGACAAGAUACCAUAUCGCGGGCAUGUGAGACGAAGUCUCAAUGGAAACGGGCCUCCCAAACCGGAGCAUAACUUGCGAGAGCUGGAACAGGACUUGGAAGAUGUUCGAGAUAGAUACCCCAAAGGCCUCGUCCACCAGCUUCUCCUUUUCGACUAUCGCCCGUCACCAUCUGCGGGAGCUCUUCCAGAUGGACUUGUGCCCGUUCCUCCCCCGGUAGAAUGCAAGCGGACAACUAUGAAAACCAUAAUGUGUGAUAUCUCUUCAUUGCUGCUGGCAGAAAUGACAACUUUGGCAAAGUCACUUCAGGCAUUACAUACGAUAGAGUCGCCAAAUUACUCCCAACUUAAUAAUCGACAGUUUGACGGAACAGCAUGGCAAACAGCUCAUACAGAACUAUCCAGACGUAAUUCUCAAUUUUCUUCAUCAAAUCAAAAACCGCGCUCAGGUUCCCCAGCAGCAAAGAUUGAUCGCAGCAGUGCACGAAUGUCUAUGCCUGUGCAGCUUCGUCAACCAGAAUCAAAUACAUCCUCACCUAACCGACCUUCGACUCCAUCUAGUGGAGUCAACUCUGAACUUCCUACAGCAUUUGAUCAAAUUGUUGGCUCUAAUCCAGAUGCAAAACUUUCACAGAAACCGCCAUUCUCACGUCUAGUCAGCGGUGAAUCUUCAAGAGAAACAAGUCGAGAUCGAGUUUCUGUUCAAGGAUUUGGCCCCGGUAGCAUCAGUGAAAGAUCCAGAAACAUUGGCAAGGGUCGUAUCGGUAUAGUCAUUGGAUCACUUUACCUGCAAGCUGGAAGAUGGCUGGAUGCCAUACGUGAGCUUACAGAGGCUGCUUCCAUAUCAAAGUAUAAUCUUGAUCAUUUAUGGCAUGCCAAAGCCCUCGACUACAUCCUCGUCAGUAUGUUGAUGCAAGCCUGGACUGGCUUGGACUUUCAAAUUCCUCAAAUCUGCUAUGUUACAGCAGAAAAAGCUUCAUCUGCUAGCGACUCUAAAAAUCCAACAAGCAGUCGUGCUGUAUCGCUACGAAACCUUGCAUUAUUGCUCCCAGAGUUACUCGAUCGGAUAGUGAAUCUCUAUGCGAGAGCGGCCAAUAAUACUGGGGAGACCUUACCACAAUUUCCAUUUUCGGAGUCGGUGGUACGGUUCUCCAAGCUGUCUGCACUUGUGCACCUUUCCGGUGGAUUCAUCAACGAUGAAGUUUUACAGAUGAUGGUGUGUGGUACCCCAUUUCAGCAGAUGCCUGACUUGAAACCUCCUCGACUUGGUAUACGACCUACACGUACCGAAAUCACGACCGCAUUAUUUCGGGCAUUACCUACAGCUAGCUCAUCCCCCGAAUCAUUGUCUCUUGUUGAUCGUAUCAUCAUUCUCAGUGGUAUAGCUUCCAUCUUAGGAAUGCUUGGCUACUACAGGAAGAAGGCCAUGGUGCUACGUGAGCUUGUCAUUGUAUUGAUACCCGGGCUAGUCCAGGCACGCAUCAAAGGCGCUGCAGAGAUGGGUGUUCACCCUGCUGCUGGCUUGGCUGCGAUAAACUCCUUGAAUGGCACCAACAAUGGCGCUGGAGCUCUUGAUCUCGGCGAAGGCGAUGUUGAAAUGGGCGUCGAUAAAUUCCUUGGGCUUCUCACUUCAACUUAUGGCGUCGUUGCUUCUGAGCUGAACUCUGACGCGGUUGCUCAAGACGACUCUGACGAAGCAGCUAUUGCGCGUAUAGUACAAAAUGCCAAUACUCGCUAUUUUGGAGGAAGAAAUCUCAAAAUGGACGUUCUACGCUCUUGCAUUAAUAUUGCUGAGGCCUUGCCUGAUUUUCAUGGUGUGCUAAGAUUUACGGCAGAUCUCCUAAGAACUGUAGGAAGUGGCAUUGCUCCAGGCGCUCGAAACGAAGACGCAUUUCCCACAAUGACACGAGAAGAGCAAGUCAGACUUGCAACGAAUAUUAGUAGGACGCUCAGUGCAGCAAGACAUCUUGGCGUCAAAGAUCUACAUGCUGAAUACUGGGAUGAAUUCCUUGUCCGUGGUGUCGAACUCGAAGCACUACCUGUGGCCAGGACACCUAUACCGCAUACCAAAAAAGAGCUUCCAGGUGCGACAGCUGUCACCGUUACAAGCAAAACAAACCCAUUCAUCUACAAUCCGUUUUUGAAAGCGCCGGAUGCAAGCGCAGUGGAGCAUCUGCUCGUCUCAGGUGAAGGCGCCAUAUUUCGUGUUACCCUACAAAAUCCUUACGAGUUCGAUAUUGAACUUGAGAGCCUGAAGUUGGAGUCAGACGGCGUUGAAUUCGUUUCAGGGACACAGAAAACCACGAUCGGCCCUUACCGAACUCAGAUACUGACCGUUUCUGGCACCCCCAAAGUUGCAGGGCAGCUAAAGAUUACUGGAUGUAUAAUCACUGUAAAAGGUUGUCGUGAACGGCGAUUCCCUAUCUUUCAAGAGGCAUGGUCUCCGCAAAGGGCUUUGAAAGUGAAAACCAUAGGGGUGGCUUCGGUUUUCAAACCCAAAGAACGGCCAGUGAGCACUGAUUCCAAAGCCUUAGUUAACACACCGCCGAUGCUGCCACCAAAACCUAUAUCUCUAGCGCUCAAUGUCAUUGAUAAGCAACCGGUCGUUGUGGUGAAGUCUACAACACUGUCGCAAUCAGCGAUUAUGGUUCUUGAAGGCGAAAAGCGCAAGUUUUCUGUCACAUUGCAGAAUUUGUCGAAAGAGUCUCCUGUAGACUUAUUGCUAUUCUCCUUCAAGGAUUCUACACAAGCACCCUUACAGAACGCUUUGGGUAGCCGAGACGCGUCUCCUGCAGAGCUGUACGAGUGCGAACUUAUAUUUGCACAGAAGCAAGCCUUGCGCGUUGUUCAAGAAGGUGACAAAAAGCCUUUCAUUGAGGCUGGCGGAACUGCAACUUUUGAGAUUGAAGUACUUGGCCGACCCGGUCUCACUCAUGCAAUGGUCCAGAUCGACUAUUCGCAUCUGGGUGUACCGCAAGACGAGGUACAAGAGCGCUUCUAUACCCGCCAAGUCAGCCUUCCGGUGACGAUUACUGUAAAUGCAAGCGUAGAGUUGUCAAGAAUAGAUUUCAUGCCUUUGACAGGGACUGUUCCAAAGUCGCUCUGGUCGAAGUCAUCAUCGAAUAGCGAUCCAAAUGACAACCUGAAAACGGAUGAUUACUGUCUGGUUCUCUUCGAUUUCAGGAACAUAUGGCCAUCUCGGUUGAAUGUCCACCUGGCGAUUGCAAGUCACAACGUGAUAGAGGAAGAGGUGUUACCUGGCAACACAGCACGGCUUAUGUUUCCUCUACCUAGAAUAUUUUUGGAAGACCCAGCAGCAGCAAUUCCUGCCCUCGAUCCUUCGCGAGCUCGGCAAUUUGUGGUCAGCACGGGCAGAAUUUCUGCAGAGUCUGAACGCAACAGCAGAGAAGCAUUUUGGUAUCGGGAAGAAAUUCUGAAAAUGGUCAAGGCAACUUGGACUACCACUUCAGGUCCAACAAGGACAGGAGAGAUUGAGCUUCGAGGUAUACGACUGACACAGCGUAUGAUUGAUGCAAUUAAGGUCGAGGAUAUAGGCAUUGAACUACUCCUGAAUGGCACUGGUGGGACGAUCUCCAAGCAUGAAGUAUCUACAGACAGCUUCUCGGAACUAAGCAUCAAGGUUAUCAAUCGCAUGACAGAGCCACUAUCACCUCUACUUCGCAUCCAACCUUCACUAAAAAGCCCCUCUCACAACGCCUCCCUCGAGCUAGCAAAGAAACUUGUCUGGAACGGCGUCCUCCAACAAAGCAUCCCACCCAUACCCGCCAAAAGCAGCACCGAAAUUAAAAUCGGCAUGACAGCGCUCUGUCGCGGGGAAUUCGAAAUCAGCGCCUCAAUCGAAGAAGCUCGAAUGCAACAAACACCGCUGGAAAUCGUCAAAGAUGCCUCGUCACCCUCAAGGCCACGAGCGAAUACCAGGACUAUGAUGGAUGCGCUGCUGGGCGCGAAGGAGCGCAGGAUAUGGUAUUCGAGGGAAUCAUGUCUGGUUGUUGUUAGGGAUGAGGAGGAGACGGAUGAUGAUGAGUAG